ACCUAUAAACGAGGUUGAUCGGUCUCUUACACAGUGUCUACCUGUAAAGGUGCUGACAAUAUGACGCGUUACUCGCAGGAGCCUGAUAAUGCCACAAAGUCAUGCAAGGCACGUGGCUCCUACCUUCGUGUUCACUUCAAGAACACGCGGGAGACAGCUGCAGUCAUUAAGCACAUGCAUCUGCGCAAAGCAACACGCUUCCUGAAUGACGUGAUCAAGAAGAAGCAGUGUGUACCCUUCAGGAGGUUUAAUGGUGGAGUCGGUCGCAAGGCACAGGCAAAGGCAUGGAACCAUACCCAGGGACGUUGGCCCAAGAAGAGCGCUGACUUCCUCCUGCAGCUUCUCAAGAACGCUGAGAGCAAUGCAGAGUUCAAGGGUCUUGAUGUGGACUCGUUAGUGAUUGACCACAUUCAGGUCAAUGCUGCCCCCAAGAUGAGACGUAGGACCUACCGUGCUCAUGGUCGCAUCAAUCCGUACAUGAGCUCCCCCUGCCACGUUGAGGUCAUCCUGUCCGAGCGUGAGCAGAUUGUCCCCAAGCCCGACGAGGUCGAGAAGAAGACCAAGAAAGUCUCCAAGAAGAAGAUGGCUCGCCAGAAGAUGAUGGGUCGGGAAUAGAUCCAUCAAUCGAGGGGGAGGGGAAACAAACAGACAGAUAAGGGAAUCUCUCUAACAGAGGAAUGCAACGGUCAGUCGGGAAACGUGUUGUUAAUAAAAGAUCAUAAGCUAAAUUACAGAUGA